AUGAGUUACGAAUCGGGUGGAAGUCAAAGACGGUUGGGACCACGCAAUUCACUCUUUGUGAACUUUAGGAGUCAUUUUUCACUUCUGCUAACGAAAUUUUUGGCGCUGAUUAAGCACAGGCGUAAGCUGAGGUCCCAAGAGAAUUUACCUUGUGGGACAAAUAAUGCUGACCGUGUGUUUGAUCCUGUGAUUCUAAGUGCCGCGGUUUUCUGGGAAAGCCCCGAUAAAGACAGGUGA